GCCUCCAUUUUGUUUCUUCUUUUGUCUGGGGGGAGGCAGGAAGAGGCGUCACCUGUAGCAGCAAAGGAAACUGCAUCCCCUAAUCCCUUCUCCAUUUGUUUUGAUGGUCUUCAAUCUCCACUCCUCUCUCCUCUGCACACACCUGGUUACCAGCAGAAGGAGGAGCAAUCUGAGUUUCCAGAGGAAACCUGAACUCUCCUGGCUUUGGUGUUCUCCUUUAAUUGCUGAGCAUCUUUGGAAAUCCCCUCCAGGUAACCGGGGCAGGCAGGCUGGACACAAACGCUUCUCUGAGCAGGGCAAAGGUCUCUUAUUUGCCAUGGCGGCCAACAGCCACCGGGUCCAAACCCAUUCCCUUCAGGCAACAUUAAAUUCUGUUUGCCCCCGUCCUCUGAGUCUAAGCAGCCACGCUCUAUCUAAGAGCUCCUCAAGUCUGGCAGGCACUGGGCAAGGGAGUUCUGAUGAAAGACAGAGCAACAAACAAGAUCUCAAGAAGAGCCUCAGUAGUACAGUCUGCCAAGCACAGGACACUACGGGCUGGGAUCAUCCUGAGCAACUUGUCUUCCACCAACCUCAUGUUCUCAUUUGACUGGAGUGAAACAUGUUCCAGCAAGUUUUUGGCAAUGACUGUAGACGGGUUGCUUAUGCUGCGGCUAGUGCUUUCCUUAGCACAAGCAUCUUCACCUCAGAAUGCACGUCAUCCCAAAUUCCUGAAUAUAGAUUGGCCAACAGACUGUGGGGUUCCAUAUUUUCACCCAAAUACUGUGGAGAGGAUUAUAUUGGGCAAUGAAGUAAGGCCACAUUCUUGGCCUUGGCAAGUCUCAUUACAGGUUUGGACUAAAACAAAUAGCAAAUUUAUUCAUGUUUGUGGAGGGACUCUUAUUCACAAAAGCUGGGUUCUUACUGCUGCUCACUGCUUCCAGAAAGGAAAGGCAGAAGAUGCAGCAAACUGGCGAAUUCUCUUGGGCAAGCAUAACCUUAAUCAUACUGAAUCCACAGAGCAAAUCUACCAUGUGAAGCGAAUUUAUCAACAUGAGCAUUUCCGCUACCCUCAUCUAAACGAGCUGGAUUAUGAUAUCGCCUUGGUCAAGCCUACAGAAGACAUCAUAACAAACCAUUUUAUUCAUUAUGCCUGUCUACCUAGGAGAGACAGCACUCUUCAUCCAGGACAGUUCUGCUGGGUGACUGGAUGGGGGGAUACAAGAGGUGGGAAAGAAAACCUUGCUUUGUCUAAGGUUUUGAACCAGGCCAAGUUACCAGUCAUAGAUUUCAGUACAUGUCGCCUAAAGAAGUUCUGGGGAGACAGAGUGCGGCAGUCAAUGAUUUGUGCUGGAUUCAGGGAUGCUGGAGAGUCUCCUGCUGCCUGUCAGGGAGAUUCAGGUGGACCACUGGUUUGCCGGAUGAGAAGAGAAAAAUGGGAAGUGCAUGGCAUAGUUAGCUUUGGACCUAUUGGAUGCAAAGUGGAGAACAAACCCACUGUCUUUACCAGGACUUCUGCUUACAUUUCCUGGAUUGAAGCAACCAGAAUCCGGGACUUCUUUUUGUGAAGACAUGAAAUACAACUGAAGUGGAA